CUUUCUCUUCCUCAUCAGUAUGGACACCCAUUUUAGUAAAAGCGCCAAAUUUUUUCUUCAACUGGUGAUUGUUCUCAAUAUGGAAUACACCCAACGAGCCUGCACUCUAGAAAAAGUUCAGAUUUCUUUGGAUGCUUCAUGAGAAAUUUUGGUUCUUGAUUCUUCUUAGUUCUUAAGCAUGCUUGAUUAGUAGAAAGGAAAUUGCAGGGAAAGAAAGUUCUGUAGCAAAAGUAGGCUAUAUAGUGACUAAUGGUAUGUAUAUUCAGAUACUUCUUUUCAGCUAGCUUUCAUGGUGGAAAAAGUAAAAAAAUGGGAAAUGCAAGGUGAUGACGUGCUUUUUAGAAAUGAUGCAUGUAGAGGAGUUUUACUUUGGAAAGUUGUGGUUUUGAAGCCCAAGAAGCAAAAGAAAGGAGUGAAGGACAGUAGAAGGUAGAAGCAUGCCAACAGUUUGGUUCUCUUUGAAGAGAUCUCUACAUUGCAAAUCAGAGCCAUCAGAAGUUCACGACCCAAAAUCGACAAAGCAUAUGAGUACAAUCUUGACGAGAAAAGCAGGAAGGUCUGGGUGUUCAAGGUCCAUAGCAAAUCUCAAAGAUGUCAUACAUGGAAGCAAAAGGCACAUGGAGAAGCCACCAAGUUGUAGUCCAAGAUCCAUUGGAAGCAGUGACUUUCUUAACCCAUUAACCCAUGAAGUUAUUUUAAGUAACUCAAGGUGUGAGCUCAAAAUCACAGGUUUUGGCGGGUUCCAAGAAGGGGUUGGUAGUGGUGUUAUUAGUCAUGGUAACAGCCAUAAUGGUGCUAGUGGUGGUAGUAACGGCGCUGUUAGUUCAACUUUUGUUGGUACUUUAAGGCAAGGAACCCCAGGACCUGGAGGACAUCCUACAAUGCACUAUUUCAACCCUUCAAUUAGGAACACAGCUACUCCUCCAAGAAAGUCUCAUUUUCUUUUAUCAGACAGAGAAGGGCCUGGAUUUGGAGGUUCUGGUAUAUUUGGUGCUGGUGGACAUUCAAGCAGUAGGGUCUCUCUUGAGACAAAGUUUAAUGGUUCUUCUACACUCACUUGCCAUAAAUGUGGAGAGCAGUUUAACAAAUGGGAAGCUGCUGAAAAUCAUCAUCUCUCCAAGCAUGCUGUCACCGAACUUGUGGAAGGUGACUCAUCACGAAAAAUUGUUGAAAUCAUAUGCCGAACGAGCUGGUUAAAGAGUGAAAACCAUUGUGGUCGAAUUGAAAGAGUGCUGAAGGUUCACAGCAUGCAAAAAACUCUAGCACGAUUUGAAGAAUAUAGAGAGAUGGUGAAAAUUAAGGCCAGCAAGCUCCCAAAGAAGCACCCUCGGUGCAUAGCUGAUGGGAAUGAGCUUUUGAGGUUUUAUGGCACGACUGUUGCAUGUUCUCUUGGCGUAAAUGGUUCCUCAAGUCUGUGUGUUUCUGAGAAAUGCUGUGUUUGUCGAAUUAUUCGAAAUGGGUUUUCAGUCAAGAAGGAGCUUAAAGGUGGAGUAGGUGUGUUCACAACUUCAACCAGUGGACGAGCUUUUGAGUGUAUUGAAAUAUUUGAAGAUGAUCCAUGUAUAAGGAAAGCUUUGAUAGUAUGCAGAGUGAUUGCUGGCAGGGUCCAUAGGCCUUUGGAGAAUAUACAAGAAAUAUCUAGCCAAACGGGAUUUGAUUCUUUGGCAGGGAAGGUUGGUCUCUAUUCAAAUAUUGAGGAGCUUUAUCUGCUCAACCCUAAAGCUCUGCUUCCUUGCUUUGUGGUUACUCUUUUCUUCUGGAGUUUCUCGUAGAUCCUCAUGGUGAAAAAGCAGCUAAUGUUCAAGGUGAGACAUGAUCAAUGGGAUUCUGGCAAGUUUCAUCAACUACUUGUCUCCAUUUACCAGCUCCGUCUUUAGCAGUAAGAGUACUAAUGGAGGAUGUGAAGACAACUCUUUUCACAGUAUUGGAUUUGGAGCAAGAUGUGAGAAGGUUCAGCGUUCCUUCAAUCGCAGGGUCGAUAAUAUUACGCUGAACAUAAUUUUCUUCAAGUUUGCGAAGAAUGAAGAAACAAAGAGUAAGCCUACCCUUUCAUGUACGUAAUCACACUGAUUAAAGAACUUUAUAUUCUUCAGUUCCAGUUAAAGAGGUGCUUGAGGGCAUUACCAUUGUCUUCAUUUCCAGCAACGUAGAAUUCCAUUGAAGCUGCAACAUGAAAUACACCAUCACAGCCCCUGACUGCCUCAUCAAAGCUGCCUUCUUCUCGCAGGUCAGCUUUGAAUAAUCUCAACCGGUCAGCACCCCUCCACGAUGAUAAAAGAUCCAACGACUUGGCUGAAAAUUUAGGUGCCAUUUUUUUUUUCCAAUUAGAUGCUGGCAAAAUAGCAUAAUAAACAUGUUCGUUUCGUGAACUUGAUUAAUUCAGGGUGCAUGAAAUCUCAUUUUAUUUUCUCUUAAUUAUGCAAUGUACAUUUUGUGGGAGACACUCAUAAAAGAUGAGCAUGACCUCUGCUAAUUUUAUUUUAAUUAAAAAAGAACUGAGAAGAUGGUGUUUUUA